AUGCCGCCCGUGCGCCGAGCCCGCCACGCAGAUCCCACCGGAAGUCCGUACCCCGACGGUUGGCUGUCGUACCGCCACCGCCGCCGCCGCCGCCUCGUCGAAGGAAACGUACGCGCAAAAUCCGACGUCAGUGGCGGCGCGACUCCAUCUCCAACCACUCUGCCCGACGACGUGCUCUUUGGGAUCUUCUCUCGCGUCUCAGGCUUCACCGACGCCGCGCGCUGUGCCGCGACGUGCCGCCGCUGGGCCCGCGUAGUGGCCACGCGCGCCGCCCCCAUCUGCCGUGCCCUGCCACCGCCCCCGCCCGGUGGAUUCCUUCCUCACCUCGCGAUUGGCGCCUUCCUCCAGCACCAGGAGAACGACGGCGCAAGCCGCCGCCGCCGCGCUCGUGGGGGAGAACCGGCGCAGCUGCGCUUCGUCCCGACGGCAUUUGCCUCGCGGCUCAUGGGCCCGUUCGCCGGCCUCCUGGGCGAAGGAGGCGCCUCGUUCGACAACGCCCGCCCUGUCGCGUCCCGCAACGGCCGCGUCGUCCUCCAGCUGGGGCGCGAGGCACGCGCCGACGGCCUCACCCUUUGCGUGUGGAACCCCAUGACAGGGGACGUGGCCAUGGUCCCAACCCUCUCCGGCAAGGAAUUCCCCGGGCACGACUACGCAUGCGCGAUACUCACCGGCGAUGACCUCGUCGACGACGUGCCGCCGGGUUUCUUCCGCCUACUCCUUGUCUACGGUCGCCGAGGCUUCACAGCGCUACGGUCCUUCUCCUCGGACACCUGCAGCUGGGGUCUCGAAUGCAAGAAGCCCGGUGCCAAGAUCAGCGGCCACGUGCUCCGUGAGCUAGGCCCGGCCGUCAUGCUCCACGGCGUGGCCUACUGGCCCACGCAUCGUGCCGCGUUCGGCGUGCGGCUCGGCAGCACGGCAGCGACGGCGGAGACCAUGGACGUGUGCUCGGUGCCAUACAGAAAUUGUUUAUCGAACUGUAAGCUGGACGAGCACGUGCUGGGCGUGUCGGCGGAUGGGAGAUUGAAUUCUGUGGACAUAGGGAUUAUCGGAGCCCUAGGGGUGCCCAAAAUUUCCUUCUCGACCUCACUGCUUGAGGACGCCGUCGGCUACAAGAGCACCACCACCUCCGUUGAUCCAAGUGACGAUCUGGACAUCUCCAUCACCUUACCCCAGAUCAAAGUGCCGAGGACAACCCCCAUGAAGCCGUGGUGGUUCGGUGAGAAGAGCGGCACGCUCAUCUUCACUGUGGAGGAGGAGACGAGCAGCACAAGUGCCGUGUUCGCGUUGAACGUUGCGACGAGAUCACUGGAGAAGCUGGCCGAUGGCGUUAGCAACCAUACGUGCUGCAGAAGACUGUAUGGUUAUGAGAUGGAUCGCGCGGCGCUUCUUGCCUCGGUAGCUCCUCAGUAG